AUGUUCAACCAGUCGAUCAACUCCAGCCAUCCAUUUAGGGAAAUCAUUGUGCUGUCUGGCAAGUCUGCCACGCAAAUCAUGCCGAAUGGGACCGAGGAGAUCUUCGACACCCCGAACGGCGAGACGCGGGUGCAGUUCCGUAAAGCCCACAAGCGUCUCUACUUCGCCAUGUGUGAGCUGGCAUCCUUGGCGACGACACCUUACUUUGCUUUCACCGACAUUCACCACAUCAUCGCAGGUCCUACAUUCAUCCUGGCCAAUGCGACAGGCGCGCCCGUCCUCCCCUACAUUAACACCGGCUCAUCCUUCUGCGCUGAUCGCACAGAGUGUAUGCUCACCCUGCAGCAAGCCGAAGAACUCUUCGGCAUCCAGCUCAACUUCCACCAUGACACCUUUGACGUGGUGUUCCACACCGCCGAGGUGCAAGCCUUCUGCGAAGACUGGCGGGUGGCAACCAAUGCCCUAGGAACGUACUCCAACUGCAGCUUUCAAUUUGGGCCGACUGCCGAUGACUUCUUUGCCUGGCAGAUCUCCAUGGGAAUGCUGCUGAACUACGUGCCCAAGGACAAGGAGAAAGUUGGCUGGCGUUCGAUGACCGCUUCGUGGGAGCCUGCCGCUGUUGAUCUCCGAUCUUGUUCGGUUUAUCAUCAGCAGCAGUACGACGAGGUAAUGGGCAACAUCUCGAGCUGCAGCGUCAUCAUUGAAGAUGCUGAUGCCUGCAAUGCAGAGCCGAACUGCACGUUCCGCCCGAUCUUCCAAUCGGGAAAGUGCAUGGUGAAGCCCCAGAAUGAGUUCACUUGGAUGCCACAGCCUAUCUACACCACAAGUACAACUUUUGGUGGGACUACAACAGUUACAAACACUUCCACCGCCACAGCCACCUCCUCAACAUCAGGAACUGCCACUGCCACGACUUCAACCUCAGUAACGCACACGACCACUACCUCUUUUACAGGGACUUCAACAAGCAGCUUCACGGCUACCACAAGCACGACGGGCACCAUGACCAGCACAACGACAGCUACCAACACCCUCACCACGACAACCUCAGGAACGCACACGACCACCACCUCUUUCACAGCGACUUCAACUAGCAGUUUCACGGCCACCACAACCACGACGGGCACUAUGACCAGCACAACAACGUCCACUAAGACCCUCACCACGACAACCUCAGAAACGCACACGACCACUACCUCUUUCACAGCGACUUCAACUAGCAGUUUCACGGCCACCACAACGACGACAGGCACCAUCACCACCACAACAACGUCCACCAACAGCUUCACGACCACAACUUCCGGCACACGCACAACUACUACCACUUCCACAAUCACUGCAACCACCACUUCCACAGUCACAGCCACGACAACAACAAGCAUUACUACAACCUCCUCCACAACCUACACCAUCACCACUUCCACGACCGUUUCGUCUACAUCGAGCUCAACCUCAACGACCUCUGAAACAAGCACAUCCAUCACUGUGUCGUCCACUUCCACUACAAGCAUAUCCACCAGUAGCUCAACAACCACCUCCACGACAGUCUCCAGCACUAGCACGACGUCUUCGACAAGCACUUCUUCCACAAGAACUCUGACGUCGACGUCGACAGUUACGGCCACAACCACUUCCGUCACAAGCACCUCCUCCAGCAGCAGCAAGACAAGCACAACGACCUACACUUCAAGCUCUACAAGCACGACCGCAACAAUGACACACACAUCGUCUGUUACCAGCACUUCCUCCACUGCAACGACCGCCACCUCAACGAGCACAUCCGUUACAAGCAGUUCGUCGUCCACGACCUCGACGACCUCCACCUCCGAGACCUCCACGAGCACAUCUCGCACGAGCACAUCCACCUCCUUUACAUCCUCCUCAACAAUGUCAACCAGUGUUACAAGCUCUUCCACCUCUUCCUCUUCCACCACAUCGGCGACCUCCUCAAGUACCUCGCGCACGAGCAGCUCGAGCUCGACCACCUCAACCUCAACAAGCAGUGCCACGACAACGUCGACCACGGCGACUUCGACGACCACAAUGUCCACCACAACCAAAACAGCGACGUCCACGAGCGUGACUACCACACUUACAACAUCGACGAGCUCAAGUGCUACAACUACCAAGACCACGAAGACAGCAACGUCAACAUCGGGUACGUCUACAUCUUCAGCAACAUCUACCUCCACAACCACUUCGACAAGCACCACAACCUACACGAAUACGACCAGUACCACCCAGACGACAACAACUUCUUCGACGUCCAGCAAGACAAGCACCUCGUCAACGGUUUCAACAACAACCUCAACCCUGAGUUCCACGUCAUCCACGACUACGACCGAAACCCUGACAAGCACCACAAGCUCGACCACGUCGUCGUCGACAACAUCGUCCUCGACGACGUCGAGCACUUCCUCCAGUAGCAGCUCUAGCUCAAGCACCUCAUCGUCCUCAACUUCGAGUACCAGCACAUCGACCUCUUCAUCAUCGUCUUCCAGCACCUCCAGCACAAGCACCUCGGCAACCCAGACCAGCUCGACGAUGACGAUGUCCUCCACCAGUACAGCGACGAAGACCAGCACCAGCAAAACCUUGACGACCUCGUCAACGAUGACGCUGACCAGCACCAUCCUCCCUGGCACCUGCCCUCCACCCUCGCUCAACAAAGACUUCUUUAAUGUGUCGGAGUGCAUCGACCAGUUUCCCGGCUCCAGUUGCUUCGUGACUUGUGCUGAUGGAUGGUUCGGCCAGCCGGAACAGUACCUCUGCACCGUCCAGGAGAUUUACACCGGCGUUGCGCCAUUCUGCGUCACCACCACCUCCACCACGACGGUCACAACGACGAGAACAGAGCUUGUGAUCUGCACGGACGGGCUUCCCCUGGGCGUGGGCCUGGACACUUCUGGCUGCUCCGGACAGGUCGUGAGUGGGGAGAUGUGCACCGUGAGCUGUGCCAGCGGAUAUAGCGGAGCGUCGGAGAUCUACAUGUGCAACCCUUUCACGGGAAGGUUUGAUGGUACACCGCCUGCCUGCGAACAGCUCCGAUGCAAUACUCGGGGUCUGCCAAGCAGUGGGCUCUACGACAUCACCGGCUGCACGUCUCCCGCACCCUUGCUCGGAGCCUUUUGCGUCGUCUCCUGCCUCGCCGGCUACGUCCCUGCGGAUGCGUCUUACGAGUGCCGGAGCGACCAGGUCCUGGUCGGGGCGCCGCCCACGUGCAACAGGCUGCCCUGCGACACGGCCACGCUGCCCAACGCUGCAGGCCUGGAUGUGUCCGGCUGCCUGAAUAAGUUUGCCGGAGAUUCCUGCAGCAUUGGCUGCCUUUCAGGCUAUUCUGGAGUUGCCGACACCUUUCAGUGUGACCUGUCCGGGCAGUUCGUUGGGACAGCUCCCUACUGCAUUCUCAAGGAGUGCUUGAUCCCGACUUUCUGGAAAGAAGACCCGUCCUUCAACACUACGUGUGCCGGCACAGAGCAUGGCGACAACUGCGUGGCGCAGUGUCAGCAAGGCUACUCAGGCAUGCCCACCGGCCUCGUCUGUGAGAAUGGACAGCUCCGCGGCCAGCUCCCGCAAUGUGUGGGUCUUCCUUGCUCCUUCGAGGGAUUCCAGUUUGGCACUGGCGAAGUGGCGACAGACUGCUUCUCCACAACGACCGGACAGAGCUGCCAAGUCUCCUGCAGCCGCGGCUAUGACCUUGUAGGUGACCCGACUAUCUACUGCCUACCAGACGGCAGCUUCAGCCCAUCAACGUCGGCGUGCAACCCAACCACCUGCGGAAGCUUGGAGGUUGUGCAGCCUUUCUCUCCGAUUUGGGUCGGCGACUCCUGCGAAGUCAUGUCUUUUGGACAGGUGUGCACGGCUUUCUGUGAGAUGGGAUAUGACAUCGUUGGCAACGCAACCGUGCUUCUGUGUGAUGAUGCACCUGCCAGCAGUGCCGGGUUUACUGAGUUCGUGCCGGGAACCGCCCAGAGCUUUCCGGCCGUGGAGUCCACUGGGCCGACCUGUGACCCUCGAAACUGCACCAUCGGCAUCCCGAACGUUCUGGGUGCCACGUCAGACUGCCCUGGCAAGGUGACGCGGGAGACUUGCGCUGUGACGCCAAACCUGGGCUACGCGAUUGCACCGGGCAACAUUAGCACAUUGCUCUGCCAGCCAGAUGGCGCUUUCAACCAGACGGCCCCCGACAUUGUCAUUGCCACCUGCCCUGACCCCUCCUUCGCCACCGGCAUUGGUAGCACCUGCCAGAGCAAGUUGGUUGGAGCCGAGUGCUGGGCCUAUUGCCAGCUGGACUGGAUUGGCACACCGAUGCGGUACCAAUGUGUGGCCAAUGAAACCUUGAAUGCAGUUCAGGUCCAGGCCAUGGGCACUGCAAUGGAAUGUGCAUGGAACGGGACGGGCCCCGCACCGGCACGUCGGCUGCAAUCUCUCGAUCCUUGCACCGCUGCCUCGGUCACGUCGGUUGGACUCAACUUGCCGCAGUUCUUCAACGAUUGCGAUGGCAAGGCGCACGACGAUGUCUGCAUCGCCCACUGCAACUUCGGGUGGAACAUGGUUGAGACCGCCCCGUCCAUUUUCGUCUGCAAGAGCGGAACCCUCGUAGGCUCAGCGCUUCCUACCUGCACCCCAAUACCUUGUCUGUAUGGUUUCCCGGACGCCCUGGGAGUGCAACAUGACUGCGAUGGCGUCCGCACGGCCGAAACAUGCACGGCCACGUGUUCCGUCACAGGCUACACGUAUGCUGCAGGGAACGCGGCACAGGUCUUCACAUGCCAGCCGGGUGGAUCUGUUCGAGGCACAACUCCUACGUGCGAGCGCAUCUCUUGCACGGACUUGUCGGUGUCGCCGAUGUUUUCGCACAACUGCGUGGGGAAACGGUACCAGGACACCUGUGGUGUGAGCUGUGCCACCGGCUACCAUCUGACAGGCUGGGGCUCGCAGUUCAUUUGCCAAGCGGAUGGAACAUACUCGGGCUCCCUACCAGCCUGCUCUGGGAAUCCAUGCACCGCCGACCUGCCGCCUUCGAGCCGGAGUUGGUCGGCCGAUGGCUGUGACACGCUGACCACAGGCCAAAGCUGCAGCGUGAGCUGCCGGCCGGGCUUUAAUCCGUCAACGACGACCCUCACCUGCGCCACAUCAGGUCGACUGGAGGGGGUGCUUCCGACUUGUCGACCGACACCUUGUCCCGCCAACGCGGCGCUGCAGCAGACACAGCUGGCGCACACCUGCGCAGCCAGGGGCUGA